AUGGCUUACCUUUCUUUCAUUGAUGAUGAUGAGGCUUGGAAAUUGAAUGACCAUUCCUGUAGCACUACUUACCUGAAAAAACUCGUGGUCGUGGAUGAUAAAGUAUCAGAAAAGCAGGAGGUGGAGCCUUCCAUUUUUGUGCCCCUCUCUGUUAAAUAUGUCAAAGAUUUGUACAAAGUGCUUGUAGGAGGAACAGCCGAUGAAUUUCGACAUUUUAUCUACCAAAUGGAAAACAUCCACGAUGAUGGAUCCAAAUGUCCAGCUUGUUAUGAGAGCAGAGGAUAUAGAAAAAAAAGCAAGGAGGCUCUUCAAGAAAUUUUGGAACCUUUUGCAGGAGUAACAACUGAAUGUCUACAGGAAUGGAUAGAUUAUGAGCGGGUUGUGUGUAUCCGCAGCAAAUCAACUGAAAAUCACUCCUUGUCACCUGCUGAAGAGUAUUGUCUAGUCCUGGAGGAGCUAACAAAAUACAGGGGUGUGUUUGCGACGGAUGUAAACAAAGAUAAGAAAAGGCUAGAGACAAAACUGAAAAAGAAAGGGAAGAAGGCUGGUGUCAAAUGGGACUCAACAAAUGUUGAUUACCUGCGGACACUCAAGACUGCACAAGAGAAACUAAGACUUCAGAUACUGGAGACCCUUCAACAGACCACUGCAGAGAGGCUGUUUUUGUUAGAUUUAAUGAAAAAGUAUGCAAGAGGACAAGCUGUAGCCAUAAGAUUGGGCAAGCAACAAAAAGAUAAGAGAACAGCUGUCGUUGUAAAAUGCGGUUGGCGGGGAAGUCGUUAAAAUGCCGACACAUUUGUCAUUUGAAGAUGUAAAGUCGUGCGACAGCAAGCUGUGGGACAUUUUGAAGUCAUCAGAUGUAGGUGCUUGGAGGACCAGUGUGCCUGUGUCUGUAAAACAGCAAGCUGUUCGCCUGUUUUGCAUGACACAGAGAGCUGCAGAAGAAAAGGAACUUUUGAUUUCAGAAAUGAAGUCAACAUUACAUUUCUUUUCCAAUGAACAUUCAGGUCUUUUAAACAAGGUCCUGGAUAAUGUUAAAGGAGACAUGCCAGUCAUCAUCAAAGAAGGGCUUUAUGUGGAAAUGAAAUUUAAUUCAUUACUGAAGGCAUUCCAGUCAUAUCUCCCAGACUUAACACUGACUUUGCUUUCUGAUUUUGCACAAAAGGUUGGUCUAACCAGCGUUCAAGAGGCUCGUAUUUCUGAAAUAAAUUAUGGAAACUUACCAGAAUAUGAGUUAGAACCCUCUGAACCAACUGAUGUAAUACUCAGUGAUGAGGAUUUUACAGACAGUGAUAGUGACAAUGACUCUGAUGGUGACAAUUAAAUGUUUAAAAGACAUCAUUGACUCAAACGCAAUAUUGUCUUAAUUGUCUCAAUUGAAUUGUUCGCAAUAAGUGUUCUAAGAUAAGACAAACAACUGUGCUAUGGCUUUUUAAAUGCUCUUGUUUGUAGCUCAACUGGUAGCUUAACUGAGCACAAUGUGAGCUUUUGUGAUCGCCUUUUGUCCGUCGUUGGUUGUAUAACACAAAAGCUCACAUUGUGCUCAGUUGAGCAAAAUCAGAAAGCAAAGUCAGGGUUUACUCUGGGAGAUCUGGGAGAUAUGACUGGAAUGCCUUCAGUAGUGAAUUACUUGAAUCACUUUCCAGCCAUAUCAGUAAAAAGGUGAUUGGCAUUUAUUUCGUAUUUAAAUUCGCUUUAUAUAUCGACUUUUCUCCCCGCAAAUUUUGUUAGUGGAGCCCAAAUUAGGUCAUCCCGCUAGGAAAUUUCGCAGCGAGUAAAGUCGAGAUAUAUAUAGAGCGAAUAUAACUAUGAAAUAAACGCCAGUAUCUUUCUUGCUAAUAUGGCUGGAAAGUGAGCGGAAUUUUAAAACUUAUGCUUUGUAAGCACACUUAUCGGCCACAUUUAUUGUCCGAUCUUUUUCAUCUUGUUAACUCAAUAUUUAUUGUCCACUACCGGUGAAACCGGGGGGGGGGACUUAUUGUUUGCGCUCCGUGUGUCAGUCUGUCUGCGUGUGUCAGUCUGUCUGUCAGUCCGUCACACUUUUCUGGAUCCUGCGAUAACUUCAAAGUUCUUCAUAUUUUUUUAUGAAACUUGAAACGUGGACAGAUGGCUUAUAUGGAGAUUAUGCACGUCAAUUCAUUUUGUUCCUAUGUCAAAAAUUGUGGUUGCUAUGGCAACAAAUGUAAAAAAAAAAUAAAAAAAAAUUACUGACUGGUGGAGUUUUACCGGUAGGGGACCAUAUUGCUUGGCAAUCUCUUGUUCCAUAUAUACUGAAGUUGUUAUCCCCCGCCAUAGGCAGAGGGAUAUUGUUUUGGCAUUUCCGUCCGUCCGUCCGGAGCCAUAUCUUGGAAGUGCUUUGGCGGAUUUCAUUGAAACUUGGUAUGUGUAUAAAUAUGGAUAAGAAGAUGAUGCACGCCAAAUGACAUUGUACACAAUCUGUUAAUAACGGAGUUAUGGCCCUUUGUAUCUUGAAAAAAUGCUUUUUUGUGUGUCCGGAGCCAUAUUUUGGAAGUGCUUUGGCCGAUAUCAUUGAAACUUGGUAUGAGUAUAUAUAUAUAUAUAUAUUAUAUAUAUAUGGAUAAGAGGAUGAUGCAUGUCAAAUGGCAUUGUACACCAUCUGUUAAUAAAGGAGUUAUUGCCCUUUUUAUCUUGGAAAAAAAUGCUUUUUUGAUUGUCAAAUAUAACACUUGUGUCCAGAAGCAUAUUGGCUGGGGGAUAUCAAUUCAACGAAUUUGCUCGUUAUAAACUCACAUUUCAAUGACAAUUUAUGAUAUCUGUUUUCCAGCUGUAUACUGUAUCAUAUGUAAAUCAUUAUUGUGUUGGUAUGCUGUUUUCCAGCUGUUUACUGUAUCAUAUGUAAAUCAUGAUUGUGUUGGUAUGCUGUUUUCCAGCUGUAUACUGUAUCAUAUGUAAAUCAUGAUUGUGUUGGUAUGCUGUUUUCCAGCUGUAUAUUGUAUCAUAUGUAAAUCAUGAUUGUGUUGGUAUGCUUGUUUCUUUUUGUUUUUAAAUGCCCCAUGCUACAAAACAAAUUGAAUUGUUCAUGCUUAUAUACUUUUGCCUCAAGUAUUCUCAUAAGGUCAUUUGAAAUGAUGAAACAGUUGCUAUUUUACGAGAACAAUGAUCAGAAUAGAUCAUCUAUAAUUUUGUUGUGUAAAGAGGAUCGAUAAUUGGUUAAUUAUGCCCCCCUUCGAAGAAGAGGGGGUAUAUUGUUUUGCUCAUGUCGGUCCGUCCGUCGGUCCGUCCUCCAGAUGGUUUCCGGAUGAUAACUCAAGAACGCUUAGGCCUAGGAUCAUGAAACUUCAUAGGUACAUUGAUCAUGACUGGCAGAUGACCCCUAUUGAUUUUCAGGUUACUAGGUCAAAGGUCAAGGUCACAGUGACUGAAAAUAGUAAAAUGGUUUCCGGAUGAUAACUGAAGAAUGCUUUGGCCUAGGAUCAUGAAACUUCAUAGGUACAUUGAUCAUGACUGGCAAAUGACCCCUAUUGAUUUUCAGGUCACUAGGUCAAAGGUCAAGGUCACAGUGACUUGAAACAGUAAAAUGGUUUCCGAAUGAUUACUCAAGAAUGCUUACGCCUAGGAUCAUGAAACUUCAUAGGUACAUUGAUCAUGACUGGCAGAUGACCCCUAUUAAUUUUCAGGUCACUAGGUCAAAGGUCAAGGUCACAGUGAUUCAUUAAUUGCGUUUGUCCAAAUCUUUAACCUUGGUUAAAGUUUUGCAAUAUCCUGAUGAUAACUCAAGAAUAAUAAGGCCUAGGAUCAUGAAACUUCAUAGGUACAUUGAUCAUGACUGGCAGAUGACCCCUAUUGAUUAGGUCAAAGGUCAAGGUCACAGUGACAAAAAACGUAUUCACACAAUGGCUGCCACUACAACUGACAGCACAUAUGGGGGGCAUGCAUGUUUUACAAACAGCACUUGUUCUAACUUGUACUAAUACUCAUACCAAUAUUAAAACAUACAUUAUUCCAAAGGAUAAACCAUUCUAGAAUUUACAGAGAAAACUAUUCCUUAUAGAUUCAUCUAUAAUUUCUUUGCGUAUAGGUGGUCGUAUACAGAAAUAAUUAAACUAACAAUCAUGUUCAGGUUGCUAUUAUCAUAAAUAUAUAUAUAAACUGACAAUCAUGUUCAGAUUACUAUUAUCACAAAUACAUGCAUAUAUAUGACAAUUUUAAAAGCAAUUGAUAUAUAUGUCUCAAAAGCUAUGUCCUUUUUACGUCCCAGUCUAUACUUGGGGACAUAUUAUAUUUGCCCUGUCUGUUUGUUGGUUUGUUUGCGUCAAACUUUAACAUUGGCCAUAACUUUUGCAAUAUUGAAGAUAGCAACUUAAUAUUUAGCAUGCAUGUGUAUCUCAUGGAGCUGCACAUUUUGAGUGGUGAUAGGUCAAGGUCAUCCUUCAAGGUCAAAGGUCAAAUAUAUGGGUGGGACCUAGUGUUUCACAAACAUAUCUUGUUUAGUAUAGACUUCAACAUAUCUUGGACAAUACAAUUUAAGAGCAAUUAAGAGGUUGAUGGUUCCACCCCUUUGCUUUUCUGUUGCUGAAAUGGUGUUAGUACAUACACCAAUCAAUUGUUAUUACACCGAUUUACCCUGUUAAUUUUUUUUGUGUGUAUGGUGUCGCUUUGCUUCAGCUUGUUUUUGUGAUACUGUAGAUGUUGUUGAGUACUGAAAGGUAAUUAGUAAGGUAUGUAAAACUUAGCUUAACACUUAUGGACAAUGUUUUUGCAUAGUUUAAAUUGUAUGUAUGUUGAGUCAUGUUAUUAAUUGCUUGCAAUAAUUUUAUAUUGUGAAUCAAUGUAUGAAAAAUAAACCUGAAUGAAAUGAAAAUCAUUUAAAUAAAA